UUCUCUUUACUCCCCGUCAUAACCAACCACCGCCACGCCGCCGCUUCCGCCUCGCAAAGCAAGCCCACGCCGCCGCUUCCGCCCACGCGCGCGCCGGAGAUUCCACCACUCGCCUCUCGCAGCCAUGGCGGUGGAGAAGGCGGUCAAGGGGGUUGGCGACGCGCAGCAGCGGGGCCCGGACCCGGAGCCGGAGCCGGAGCCGGAGGCCGAGGCGUCGACGUUCGCGGAGCUGGGCAUCUGCAAGGAGCUGGUGGACGCGUGCGACGCCAUGGGGUGGAAGCAGCCCACCAAGAUCCAGGCCGGGGCCAUCCCCCACGCCCUCCAAGGGAGGGACGUCAUCGGGCUGGGGCAGACGGGGUCCGGCAAGACGGGCGCCUUCGCGCUGCCCAUCAUCCAGGCGCUGCUCGAGCACCGCCAGCCCUUCUUCGCCUGCGUCAUGUCGCCCACCAGGGAGCUGGCGAUUCAGAUUGCGGAGCAGUUUGAGGCGCUCGGGUCAGCGAUUGGCUUGGUUUGCUCUGUGCUUGUUGGCGGAGUUGAUCGGAUGCAGCAAGUGUUGUCCAUAGCAAAACGUCCACAUAUUGUGGUUGGAACUCCUGGCCGUCUUUUGGACCAUUUGAAAGAUACAAAAGGUUUUAGCCUGACUAAAGUGAAGUACUUGGUACUUGAUGAAGCUGAUAAAUUACUUAAUUUGGAGUUUAAGGAAUCACUAGAUGAUAUUCUGAAGGUCAUUCCUAAAGAACGGAGAACAUACCUUUUCUCAGCCACGAUGACCAAAAAGGUGAGCAAACUGCAACGUGCUUGUCUCAGAAACCCUGUUAAGGUGGAAGUAUCCUCCAAAUAUUCGACAGUGGAUACACUUAAACAAGAGUGGUAUUUCGUUCCUGCAGAUUACAAGGAUUGUUAUCUUGUUCAUGUUCUGAAUGAGUUGCCGGGGGGCAUGAUCAUGAUCUUUGUGAGGACCUGUGAGUCAACAAGGCUCCUUGCUCUCACUUUAAGGAAUCUUGGUUUUAAAGCUCUCUCUAUCAGUGGCCAGAUGAGUCAGGACAAAAGACUAGGUGCUUUAAACAAGUUCAAAGCAAAAGAUUUCAACAUUCUUAUUUGCACGGAUGUGGCGAGUCGUGGUCUUGACAUUCAAGGAGUUGAUGUGGUUAUCAAUUAUGAUAUACCAAUGAAUUCUAAGGAUUAUGUACACCGGGUUGGUAGGACUGCACGUGCAGGGCAAUCAGGAUAUGCUGUAUCUUUGGUGAAUCAGUAUGAGGGUCAGUGGUUUAAGAUGAUUGAGCAGCUCCUCGGAUUCGAAAUUCCUGAUCGUAAAGUAGAUGCAGAUGAAAUCAUGAUACUUCGUGAGCACAUAUCCGAUUCAAGGAGGAUCGCAUUGACGAAAUUGAAAGAGGACGGUGGCCACAAGAAGAGAAGGAAGGUGGAGGAUGACGAUGAAGAAGAGGAGCAGGCUCCAAGAGGUCAUCGGAAACCAAAGUCUUUCAAGAAAUCAACAAGGCGGUGAUAGCAUUUAAGUCCAGAUAGCAGGGAACCUCCUUCCGUAUAAUGAGUUAGAAUCCGUAUAUACCACUCCACCUUGUGAACUCUUUAGUUCCUUUGCACCAGCUAUGUACGCUAUCUUUAUUAGAAAGCCAGGUCAGUUCGAGCAGUAGCUAUUUCUUUGUUUGACACAAGAUUUUACAUCUAUGCUAUAUGAAGAUUUCACAUUUA